AGAGAGAAGCCCCGUUUUUAUUAGCUUAUUUUUUUAUCCCACCCUUUAGUCCUUUUUCCUCCUCGGCUCCCAUUUGGUUUUUCAAGUUUUUUUAUGUGUCGUCAAACGGAUUGCUUUUUACCCAGCUACUAAUUUACGAUCGGAGGAUUUUUUGUUUUUGCUUUUUUUUUGUGUUGACUGUCGCUGGCGAAGCUGCGAGGACAGCUCAGGAUAACGGCGAGAGGGGAUAAAAGGGGUUGAGAGGAAUAUACGGCACGACAGAUUUUAAUGCACGUAGGAGGGAUGAGAGCCGACCGUCGUCAGACUGGAUCAUCGCUGGUCAACGCGACCAUCAACCCAACAUUAUUGCGACCUUUGAUCGUACUCACCCUGGGGCUCGUUGGCCAUGUCAUCGGAUAUGGAUAUUCAAGAACAUAUAGCAGCCAAGAGUCAUACGGAAAUGGCCCAUCAUUCGUACGUCCUGUCGGCAAUCAAACCGCAGCAAUUGGUCGUGAAGCUGUGUUCUCCUGUUACGUACGGAAUAUCGGAAAAUACAAGGUGGGCUGGCUGAGGGCAUCAGACCAGACAGUACUCUCCUUGAAUACACGAAUAGUCACACACAACACACGUAUAUCAGUGACUUACGAGACGGGCGGCUGCUCGAGCACGUCAGAUAUUCCCAUGGGUAUUCACGGCGUGACCGGUAGUAAUCAGGUGACGGACGAGGGAGUCAACUGCACGUGGAGACUACACAUACGCCAGCUCAAAGAGACUGACAGAGGAUGCUACAUGUGCCAAAUCAAUACAGAUCCAAUGAAAUCGGAGCUCGGAUGUUUGGCGAUCCUUGUGCCACCUGAUAUUGUUUAUGGUGACGAGACCAGCAAGGAUUUAUCCGUAUCGGAGGGUGAAAAUGUCACACUCAAUUGUCAAGCAACCGGUAUACCAAAGCCACGAGUUUCAUGGAAACGAGAGGAUGGGCAGCACAUUCUCAUCAGGAAUUCGACCUCGUUCUCAAGUUCCUACAGUCGGAAAAUAGCAAACUUUCACAGAAUAACUCAAUACAACGAGUCAAAGCUACACUUUCAUCGUGUAGACAGACAGCAGAUGGGAGUGUACAUGUGCAUUGCCACCAACGAAGUGCCCCCAUCAGUCAGCAAGCGCGUUACGCUGGAAGUCAAUUUUGCACCUGCCGUGGAAGUGCGGACUCAACUGAUGGGAGCACCAUUGGGCAGGAGUGUGCAGCUGGAGUGCUCCAUCGAGGCACAUCCCAACACGAUAAACUUUUGGGAGAAGAAUAGGGGCAUGCUACUAGAUGGCCCCAAAUACGAAAUUCGAGAGGAGAGAAUGGGUUACCACGUUACAAUGACCCUUCUGAUAAAGAAAUUCACACGAGACGACGUGGGUAGUUACCACUGCAUAGCGUCAAACAGCUUGGGAAAAGCCGAAGGCUCCACAAGACUAUACGAGAUCGAAGUCAAAGACGACGUGAUACUAGGCGGAUUGGCAGAGGCUGCGCGUGGCGCAAGUACAGCAUCGUUCUCCACUCUCCACUGCCCAUACUUCGUAACACUCAGUGUUAUUUCGGUCCUUCGCCUCGUGUGUACACGGUGAACACACAGCACAUAUCCAAAUCCAAACAAGAGGAAUAGAGUAAAAUAAAGUAUAUAAACACGGACUGACCUUUAAUUCAAAAAAGGUCGUUGAGUUUGUGUUGCGCUUUUCACACUGGAAACAAGCGAUCGACCGGUGCUCCGUACAUGUACCAUUUUUGUGUGCCAAAAAGAUAGAAAAAUAAAAUGGAUGAAACUGAAUGGAAUGAGCGAUUGAGGAUGCAACAUCCGGCGUUUAUUUAGGCGGAUGAAAAUCCUCAAGCUUUUUCUUACUUUUUAGUCUCGACGAGGAAAACAUAAGUGAUGAGGAAUGGAAAAAUGAAAAACAAAAUACUGAAAAAAUUGUCUUUGCCGUCAGCCUACUGUAUAUUUGUCUUUUCUUAUCGCGUCCUCUUACCCACCCCACCCUUCCCCAUCUACGUGUUAGUAUAAAACGGUCUAUCGAAACAUCGGCCGAACGUUUAAUUCAUGGGGAUUUGAUAUUUGUUCCGUGCCAAAUUCUGGGGAAAAUGGUGUAAUCAGCAAAUUUACAAAAUUUCAUAUCAAUAAACUUAUCUCUAAUCGUGCAUAUCUUAUGCGAGUGACUGGAACUUUCAUGGAAUUUUAAUCGUCGAGAUCUGCAGCUUUUUGUAAUGACGAAAAAUUGCGAAAAAUGUACUUUUUUUAUAGGGAAGACGGGGUAAAAAGAACACGGGGCAAAAUGGAUAUCUUGAAUAUUUCGGAUCAAGUGAGAAGGGGAAAAUGAAAGACGGGGUUAAGCCAAGGGGUUAGUAACUUUAGAAAUCAUAGAAAUCGCGCGAUUUCCAAUUGGUAACUCGUGAUUUCCAACCUUUGGUAAUCAUCUGCAAUCAAUGAAAACUAAAGGUAAAUUCAGUAGCGAAGCGGUAAACCGGUUUAACUCGAUUUUUCCUUUUGGCCAAACCCUUUU